AACGAGCUUCUUUAGCAAAUGUUAAGCAAGCUAACCGUCAUUGCUAACGUAGCCUUUCAUGUCACCCCUCAAAACACAACCAUUACUCGAAAGACAACAACACAUGGACGAGAGAGAGAGAGAGAGAUGACUUCUGCAGACUGGCAACUGUCGUUGAAGCUGGUGGAUCACCCGAAGUCCAUCUUCCACUUCCCAGAGAUGGUGCCGGGGGAUGUUCCCCCCGGAGGAUACAGAGUCGCCACCUUGAAACAACUCGUGGCAGCUCAGCUGCCCGACUCCAUCCCCGAUCCUGAACUGAUAGAGUUGGUCCACUGUGGGCGGAAACUGAAAGACGAACUCACGCUGGACGCCUGUGGGAUUCAACCAGGAUCCACCUUGCACAUCCUCAAAAGGACUUGGCUAGAGCCAGAGAGCAAUCCAGAGCCUGUGAACAGAGCGACUGCAGCCAGAGAGUUUAGAGUGUUUCAUGCUGCUCUUCACUCUCUCAACUCUUCCUACAGAGACUCGGUAUAUAAAAUGCUCACAAAUAAAGAGUCCCUGGAUCAGAUCAUCGUCGCCACACCAGGGCUCCGGUCAGACCCAAUUGCCUUAGGUGUGCUUCAAGACAAAGAUCUCUUCGUGCAAUUCACGGACCCCAGCAUGUUGGAUGUAUUAAUCAGCUCACACCCAGCGCUCGUCAACGCCAUCAUCCUGGUCCUGCACUCUGUGGCGGGAAGCAUGCCCACUCAGUCCAGUGCCAGCUCCUCUCGCAACGUCUCUGCCAGUUCCUACAGUGAUAUGCCUGGAGGCUUCAUGUUCGAGGGCAUGUCCGACGACGAUGACGAUUUCCAGUCGGGAAGCUCAGCGGGGCCCUCCAGCCGGGCAGGGGCCUCAGUGGGAAUGCGACCAGUGUCUCUGAGCCACAGCGGAGCCGCGGGCCCUCGACCAAUAACGCAGAGCGAGCUGGCGACCGCGUUGGCCCUCGCUAGCACUCCUGACAGCAGCGCAGUCACUCCCACAACAGCAAGCCAAGCGGACCCCUCCAGUGGCGUAGCCCCCAUGCCAGCAGGGACCCCAGUCAGUAACGAUCUGUUCAGCCAGGCUCUACAGCAAGCUCUGCAAGCCACCAACAUGUCCGCUCUACAGGGCCGCUGGCAAUCCCAGAUGCAGCAGCUCAGGGACAUGGGGAUCCAGGACGAGGAGCUGAUGCUGAGGGCGCUGCAGGCCACAGAGGGUGACAUCCAGGCUGCCCUCGAGCUCAUAUUUGCUGGAGGCCCAGGACUCUGAGUUCACAACAAGAAUGAGCUUGUAAUGAUGCUGCCCAGACAUUUUGAAUAAUAACACAUUACCGUUUCAACUGAGCUCCACAAAGGUCUUGACAGAUUUUUUUUUUGUUAUUGUGACUAGACUGAUGAUGAUAAUAAAUAAUGGUAACACAUUCAA